CUGGGCUGAGUGACUGUCACAGUGAGUGUACCUGGCUGAGUGACUGUCACAGUGAGUGUACCUGGCUGAGUGACUGUCACAGUGAGUGCGUCCUGGGCUGAGUGACUGUCACAGUGAGUGUGUCCUGGGCUGAGUGACUGUCACAGUGAGUGUGCCUGGGCUGAGUGACUGUCACAGUGAGUGUGCCUGGGCUGAGUGCAGGUCACAGUGAGUGUCACUCAGAUGGAGUCCUUACCUUGGAACCUGAGGUCUGCUGAAGCCAUGCUGUCUGACUCACACCAUGUCCUGGAUCCUCACUCACACUCAGCUCAGCCUAGAAGCUCUCACUCAGCUCCAAACACUGAGCCUCCGCCUCAGCUCACACUCGGACUGUACCAAUCCCGGCCGGGGGGGGGGGGUCCCUGCACAGCUCCUCCCUGCACAGCCUGUCAGAGCUGCCCACACACAGUGUGACAGAGAGAGAGCGGGGCACACAGUCACCGCGUGCAGGAUCAUAAACCCUAAUCAUCUCACACCGCACAUAGGGGGAGCACCCCCCCUCCAGUCAUAACUCGCAAUGGUUUCUCCCAACCCCGUCACGGCCCCGCCCCCCGGAAUAGAAACACGCAGUAAUGGCCACGAUGGCUGUGCGGCUGCCGCGGGCACAGUGACAGGAACUGAAUGGUGGGAGUCGGAUGUUUCCGGUCGGAGGGCGAUUCGGACGGACAGCUAAGGGCAGCUGAAGCCGGAAGUUAACGCAGUGCUGGCAGAUGAUCAUGGCUGCGCGCUGUGUCCGCGUCCUAUGGCGGAGGUCGUGCUCUGCGGCCGCCACUGCGAACCCCUCACCGGCAGCGGAAAUAAAGAAACCCGGCCGCUGGGAGAGACUGAGAACCGGCAAAAUGGGUAAACCGGGCCUGAGAGCCGAGUGUGCAGAGUAACAUGGGGAGUGUAUGGGGGAGAGAGAGACUGGCAUGGGGGGGAGAGAGACUGGCAUGGGGAGAGAGACUGGCAUGGGGGUAUGAGAGACCUGGCAUGUGGGGGGGGAGAGAGAGACCGGCGGCAUGGGGGGAGAGGGAGAGACUGGCAUGGGGAGUGGAGAGACUGGCAUGUAGGAGAGGGAGAGACUGGCAUGAGGGAGAGACUGGUAUUGGGGGAGGGAGAGAGAGACUGGCACUGGGGAGAGGGAGAGACCGGCAUGGGGAGGGAGAGAUCAUGCAUGGGGAGAGGGAGAGACUGGAAAAUGGGGAGUGGGAGAGAGAGACUGGCAUGGGGGAGGGAGAGAGAGACCGGCAAUGGGGAGGAGAGAGAGACUGGCAUGGGGAGGGAGAGAGAGACUGCGCUGGGGAGGGAGAGAGAGACCGGCAUGGGGAGAGGAGAGAGACCGGCAUGGGGAGGGAGAGAGACCGGCAUGGGGGAGGGGAGAGACCGGCAUGGGGAGAGAGAGACUGGCAUGGGGAGAGAGACUGGUAGAGACCGCAUGGGGGAGAGAGACUGGCAGGGGAGAGACUGGCGCUGGGAGAGAGACUGGCAUGGGGAGAGACCGGCAAGUACGGGGGAUUGGUGUAUCUCAUAGAGACCGGUAUGGGGAGUGGGGUCAAACUAUGAAACUCAAACACGAGGCCCCACUAACACCAAAAGGAAGAAAUAGUCACAAUACAUGCACACUGUCGCAUAUACACAUUGAUGCACUGUCUACCUGUGUGUGUCUGACAGUAUCCGUGUGUGUAUGUAUGUCUCUGUGAGCAUGUUUGCGUUUUUGUAUGGGGUAGGUGAUUGGGGGGGUGCAAUAAUGUGUGGGAGGUGGAUGAUGGUAUGAGGGAAGGGGGACUAAAUACCUUUUGUCAUAACUUGGUGGUCCAGUGGGGAUAACCGGUCUGCAGAGCUGCAGACCAUUUAUCUUGCGAGACCCGGUCAGAGCAGUGCUGUGGUAACCCGCAGCAACACUCUGGGCUCUGCACACUGAAGACUUUUGUCUGCGAUUGGCGCUUUCUGGAGGGGUCUCGCACCCGGCGGCAUAUCACUGACCAAGAACCCAACACAGUCUGCCAUUAGGCGGCCGCCUAAACCGUCUGGUUAGAGAGCCACCUCUGCUAUAAAUCCGUAACUGACCUCAAUGAGACCGUAAUGUAACCUCUGUGCAUCCUGCAAUAAACCUCUAUAUAUACAGUAGAGGUUAUAUAUGACAUACACUGUCACUCAUAUGUCCCAUAGCUCCCUCCCGUCUGUGUCACACUAUGCUGGGAGGGACAUGCCUCAUAGCUUUAUCUCACUGUGUCACUGGUUCCCAUAACUCCUUGUCAUUUCAUUCUGCAAAAGUAUAGAUUAAAAGUACUAUAACCUCCAGCAGAGAUUAAUAUGCAACAUAUUUUUAUUAAGUUGAUAUUUAAGGUAAAACACGAGACAGUGACAUAUGCAAUAAUAAAUAAAACACUGACUGACCAUAUAAUAAACAAGAAAAUACAGAUCUAAAUAAAUGAGAAUUUCCAAGUAAGUUAUUCAUAAACUAGCAGCAUGUAAACUACAAAAAACCACAACCAAAAAUAUCUGUUCAAAUCGUAAGGCUCACUACAGAGUAGCUAUGUAUAAAUGAGGGAAGAAGAGGGGAAAAAACUAAGUGAAAUGUGAUUUUCUGGCUUAUUUAUUUUUAUUUUUUUUUCUGACAGCUGUGUGGAUGAAAAGCCUCAUUCAUGACUAUGGAGAAGCGUGCAAGGAUAUUGUAACAGGGGCCAAAGAGCAUCCAGGCAAAGCUGCGUUUUACCUCUCACUAUUCACAGGAAUUGGCGUAUGCUCCUCUAAGGCUCCUUCAGAGGAUUCCUUUCACUGUUCUGUUUUAGAAGCCUCUGCCGAACUCCUCCUCCUUUCUCCGUGGACACGAAGUGGGAAAUCUGACCAACAUGUGCUGAACCUCACAAAUCUGUCAAAUGAAGGUCGUCUCCGUUACCUAAACCUCAUUGUGGUUUCUCUUGUCUACGAAGCCCCCUAUGACCCGGAUGUUGAUCUCUACCCAGCACACUGCCCACACCUUAAGCCACGUUGGUCAGAUUUUCCAAGCAGGGUUCUAGAUGUUGGGUUUUUUGGGCGUUGGUGGUUUCUCCAAUCUAAGAUGAAAGACUUUGAUGUGAAUGAAGAAGAAUUUGCUCACCUUCCUGAUCAUAUGAGGACACUCACGUUUAAUGAUCUGCACUCACAGGAAAAUGAAAGGUUAUCCCAACUUAAAUACCAGCCAGUUAUAAUGCCAGAGACAGUUGGUGUGACUGGCUGAAUUGUAAAUUACUACAUGUCCAACUAAUUUGUGUACACUUGUAUAUUUAAUAGGAAAUACGGUAAAUUUCUAAAUAAAUAAUAGACAAAAAACAAGAAUUUGUGUAUUUUUUUUCUUAUUCAAGAUGUCUGCUUCUGCAUCAAGCAAAUUAAUCUUUCCACAUGAUGCCACCUUCUGGGUGUUUCAAUGCUACUACAUAUACAUGGAUUGCAUGUACACCUCUAUCUUUGUCCUAUAACCUUUAUCUCCAUAAUAUAUUAACAUGAAAUUGCGAACAGUUUGAGAGAAUGCAGAGUUGGCUCCUAAGGACUGCUGUAGUAGUUAUGGUGCUUAAAAUGUUACGUUAAA